CAGGUCCCGGAACAGUUUGGAAACAGCUCUUCAUUUUUCCUCUGGGUAGACUCCCGAGGUCUUCACAAUGUUUGGAUAUAACUUCAAGGCAGCAGAAGUUUGGAUUCAGAGUUUUGCUUCUCCUAGACAGAAGUUUUACGUUUGUCUAAAGCAGGCAUGAUGUACGCAUUAAUGCUUAUACUCAUCAGUAGCAUCAGUCCGGUUGUGUCAGAUACCUCUGGGAUCAGCUUUAACGUCAAUGGCUACACUUUUAUCUUUGAUCAACAAAAUCUUAUCAAAGCGAUGGACUGCUUUAAUCAGACGGCAUAUUUUUGUGUUAUCAAAACGUUAUAUGAAAAUAAUAAGGUUCUAACGGCAGAAGAGAUAUCCCUUUCAAACAUGACACUUGUUGCGGCUGGCAGCGAGACUUACUCCAAGUAUGUUAAAUGUGCAUCGCCUUCAGAGACGUCCACACAGCAAAUCUGGUGCAGCAGAGUGCAUCAAAACGCUGCCUUAACACAGAGCGACACUGCAGGCUCCAAAUGCCACGCUCUGGGAGUGAUCUCGAACGGCACUGUACUGUUUCAGUUCAACUUGAUAUUUCAUAUCAACGAUAAUGUGGUUCACUCUUCAGUGCAAGAGGUGAACACCUCCAGGUUUGAAGUUUCAUCUUGUACACAAAACAGCAUCACAUCCUUUAUCUACCAUGACUCGAGUACAUCUGUAUAUACUGCAGCCUACACAAGCUCUGUACCGCUUACAGACAGAGCAUUGCAGACAUCUGCUUUAAGUUCCUACUUCUCACUAAUUACUGCAACACUUUCUGGUGAUUUUGUUCAUCACACUUCCAAUAACUCUGAGACCACUGACUUGAUGUCUUCUUUAGAAACUUUUAGUCAUCUAAGUACUAUGCCCAUGGAUGCCAGGACUGCUUCAAGGUCGCCACAAAUAGCAUCAAUAUCAAUUUUAGUAGAUCUGUUUUCUGAUGCUUCUAAUUAUAUUGAAAGUUUUGUCACAUCUUUGACAAGAGAAAUCGUGAAUGCAUCACUCAUUGAUGUUUUAGCAUUAACUUCGACAUUUAAUUUCGUGGAUGAUUUCACAAAAUCUGUGGCUUUAUACGAAACUUCGCAUGUAAAUUACACUUUUAAUGACGCCCUAACAAUUGAGAAAAGCUCAACAGUACCUGUCAACUUUACAUCUGUCAAUGAGUUUAUCAGUGUUACACCUUCCACAUCACCUGUCAGCUUUACAGGUGCAAGUGAACAUAUCAGCCUUACUCCUUCAACAUUACCUGUCAGCUUUACAUCUGCCAAUGAGUUUAUCAGUGCUACACCUUCCACAUCAUAUGUCAGCUUUACAGCUGCAAGUGAACAUAUCAGUCUCUUUUCUUCAACAUUACCAGUUAGCUUUACAACUGCAAAUGAGCCUAUCAGUCUUACACCGUUAACAGUGCCUGUCAUCUUUACAACUGAAAUUGAAUCUUUCAGCCCUACUACUUCCGCAGUGCCUGUCAGCUUUACAGCUGCAACUGAGCAUAUCAGUCUUACAACCUCAACAGUAACUGACAGCUUUUUAACUGCAAUCAAACCUAUCAGUCUUGCAACCUCAACAGUAACUGACAGCUUUACAACUGCAAUCAAACCCAUCAAUCUUACAACCUCAACAGUAACUGACAGCUUUACAACUGCAAUCAAACCCAUCAAUCUUACAACCUCAACAGUAACUGACAGCUAUAUUACCAUAACAUUUAUAACUUUUUCUAGUCUCAGCAGUUCAGUGCUUUCAAUAAUAUCGCAGACGGGUGUGCCAACAGUUGCAUAUGAAAUGAAUUUUACAGAUUUUGAAACUCUACUAACCAAAUCAUCUUUUAACAUUACAGCAGAAUUUUCAACAAGAUCUGAAUCUUCAGGAAUUGUUGAGCCAACUUCAUCUUCAGUCUUUACAAACUCACAAGACAAUGAAAGUAAACAUCUGACUUCUUCGAUGGACGUUGCAGCCGAACUUUCACACAUAAGAGAAACUUCAAUCAAUGUUGAUUUAGAUUCUAUAGACUCUCUAUCUCCGACAAAUUUAGCCCCUACAGUUUACACGCAAAAUACAGAGUCAGCAUCUUUUAAUACCUCUGUGAUACGUGUUACGGCCGCUACAACAUUGGCAAUGGAAUUUAUGAACACGAACUUGGCAGUAAGUGAUGUUCCCGCAGCUUCUUUAAGAAAUACAGAAACUACAUCUUCUAACAAUUUAGCAAUAGACGUUCCUACAGACUUUAACACUUCACCAAAUAGCGUUCAUUUAGCUAUGAGUAAAUCAGAAUGGAUACUACGUGGAUAUUCUACCACUUCAGUGGAUAUGUUAUAUACAGUUCAAACUGAAUUAGAAGAUCUAUUACCUACAACCUUUGUCAGUUCAUUUGGCAUUUUACACUCAACACAUAUCUCUUCAACGGAAAUACCAACCAUUGCCCCAACUAUGUCGGUAGAUAUCUUACUUAAGACAUCAUUCACUAUAACAGAUGCACUAUUGGUACCAUCUAGCACGUUAUUAGAUUUAUUGCACACCACCCAAAGAAAUGUAGAAGAUAUAUCUACAGGCUCAAUAAAAACGUUAUAUAUCUUACCUACACCAUCUGCCACUUCAAAAGAUAUUUUGCCUACAGCCCCAACCAGUUUAGUAGAUAUAUUACUGACAGCCUCAGUGUCUUCAACAGAUGUACCAAGCAUGGCAUCAAGCGUGCCACUGGACAUGUUCUCAACAGGCUCAGCCACAACAAUGGAUGUAACAUCGGCAUCAUCAGACAGUUCACGAGAUGCGUUACACGCAACUCAAACCAAUUUAGAAGAUGCGUUACACUCAGGUUUAGCACAAACAUCGUCUAUAUUUCUCACAUCCCACGCCACUUCUGAAGAAAUUUUGCCAAGUUUAAAAACCAGUUUAGCAGAUGUAUUGUCAUCGGAAAAUACACUAAAAGGAGCCUCAGAAAUGUCAGUAGAUAUCGUUCUUACUUCCUUUAACACUACGGAUGGUGUAAUACUGGAACCAUCGACUAUUUCAGCUACAUUCACUUUAGUUUAUUUGUCGUAUUUAGAUAUAACCACUACAUCUGAUAUACAAACACUUUUAACAGCUUCUAUAAAUGUAGCACCCACUGUCUCAAGCCUGACUGAAGACUUAUUGCUUCAAAUUUCGACCACGUCUGAACAUUUUUUUCAAUUAUCUUCAGGAAGUCAAGAAGAUGUCGUUUCAUUUGAUUCUACCACUCUUACACCAAGUAGAAGUACCACUAACAUGCCUGUAGAUAGUGCAGACAUAGACUCUUCUUUUUUGACAGAUGUUUCAUUCAUCAACGAUUUAACCUCUUUACAUGUGGUAGAAAAUACAACUCUUUCUUUCUAUGUACUCCAUUCAACUUCUAGUUCAGAACUUGUGUCUACAGCAUUCAUUACAUCAGAUGAGUAUCAAGCUACCUUCUCAACUAUCGAUGCAAGAAGCAAAUCAAUAAAUACAACAUCAAUUGCUAUGUUAUAUCCAACAACAUUUUUAGAACCAUCGCAAACUACUUCGACUUACUAUAUAAAGUCAACCUUAGUAAAAGAGACGCCAGAAUUAAUAAGAACGACACACCAGUUGUCAACUUAUACUUUUUACGAUGGAACUGGGCGCAUAACACCACUAUCUACAAAUACAUUUUCAACAAUGCUCUCAGAAGUUACAGAUGCUAUUAAUCUAAUACCAAGUUCUACUACUUUUAUAGCCUAUGUUCUUCUUGAUGCAACUGUUUUCUCUGAAGUUCAAAGCGAACAAAUUCUCACUGUAAGUGGAGCAUCAAAAUCUCAAAGUUCACAGCUUACAUCUUAUUUAUCUCUGACAUUGUACAAAUCGUCUACCGUAGCUUUAAAUACAGCAGCAGAAACAAUAGCCAAGUCACUUGAACCUUUCUACACAUACUUAGAGAACUCGUCUCAAUCCUAUGCAAGAAAGUCUAGUAUUAUUUAUGACUCAUUGGCCUUAUUCAGCAAUUUACAUCCAAUAGUCUCGCCAAGUAGAUCCACAUCUAUGACGUAUGAACUUCCGUUGUCAGGUUCCUCGUUCUUUGAGUCCAGUGCUCGCAGUGUGAGCAUCAGUACAUCGACAGACACCGUUUCAACUGUCUCCAGUACACCAGACACUACAUCGAAUACCACAAAAGUGAUUUCUUAUAUAUCCAGCUAUAUCAACACCUCAGAGAAGAAUCGGAUCAUCGGAAUCACUUUUGGUGUCUUAGGAUUUGCUGCCGUACUGAUUGUAUUAGUGUUUGUGGUGAAAAAGAUCAGAUCUGUGAAUAGAGAGAGCAGAUUCAGGUCAGAGUUUGACAGAGCUUCGCACUACUCUUGCUAGACGCUGAACAGGUAACGCACUAACAUUCGAGUGUUGGUUCGUCGUCUAGUCUAGCAAUGUGAUUGAUAACAACAUGUUUAAGAGAACCAAUUAUACAGAUCUCGGGCACGGUGGCUGAGUGGUUAAGCGCUUGGCUUCGGAACCUGGCCUUCUGUCCACCAACAAGUGUGACGAUAUUUUAAAGCUUUUGCCAAUGUAAGCUUAUCUGUAAAAUCAAUAAAUACUCACUGAAUAUGAAAGAAUAGCAAUAAAAACUGACCCAAGAAAAUACAUAUGUGAGAAUGAUUAAACAGUUUCUAUAGGGGAUAUAUUUAUUACACUACAGUCUUACAAGUAAAAAUAU